GUCCUCAGUCUCUCGCAUCGCAACAAGUGAAAUUCCCAGGAAACAUUCUGACCAUCAAUCAGCCAAAUUGAAUCGUUCGCUGGUUUCUUCGAUCAUCUGAGCCUCGCUCGAAGGAUAAAAUGUCGUUGAUCCCAAGCUUCUUCGGCGGCCGACGUGGUGGCGUCUUCGAUCCUUUCUCUCUCGACGUCUGGGAUCCGUUCAGGGAGUUCCCAUUCCCUCAACUUUCUGGAGAAAAUUCUGCACUGGUGAACACUCGCGUGGACUGGAAGGAAACACCGGAAGCGCACGUGUUCAAGGCCGAUGUUCCGGGGCUGAAGAAAGAGGAAGUGAAGGUGGAGGUCGAAGACGACACAGUUCUGCAGAUAAGAGGCGAGAGGAACGUGGAGAAGGAGGAGAAGAACGAUGCCUGGCACAGGGUGGAGCGCAGCAGCGGGAAGUUCUUGAGGCGGUUCAGGCUGCCGGGAAAUGCGAAGAUGGAUGAGGUGAAGGCGUCCAUGGAGAAUGGAGUUCUGACGGUGACGAUUCCCAAGGAGGAGAUCAAGAAGCCGGAUACCAAGGCGAUUGAAAUCUCUGGUUAGAAUUUUGCAUUUGUUUAACUGUUUCAGCUGGUUCAUCAGAGGAAUGUAUGUUGUGUGAUUGAAAGUCCGAAAUUCUCAAAGAAUGUCAUGUGAAAUGGUAUUAUAAUAAUAAUCUAAAUAAUCAGAGAUAUAAUAAAUGCAUUCUCUAUGUUGUUCUGAAAUAACCCCAAGUCGUCUAGCUUUGAUGAAUCCCGCGACUCCAAUUAACAUCAUCAUUGAGUUUAUUUGGGAGUCCGCUCUUAGUUGUU